AGCCACAUAUCCUAAAUCUAGCCAAAUUCCAGCUUCUCUGGAUUGCCUUCUUUGAUUUCUUUUCACAUUGUUGUUCAAACCUUUCAGCUUGAAAUGGACGAAAUUGAUGUUCCCUCUCAUUUUCUUUGCCCCAUAUCAAUGGAGCUGAUGAGAGAUCCGGUCACGGUCUCAACCGGGAUAACCUACGAUCGAGAAAACAUUGAGAGAUGGUUAUUCUCAUGCAAGAACAACACUUGCCCUGCAACAAAGCAAGCUUUAAGCAGCACAGAAGUUACACCAAAUCAUACUCUGCGGCGGUUGAUCCAAGCAUGGUGCACCCUCAACGCUUCCCAUGGCAUUGAACGCAUUCCAACACCAAAGCCACCGGUUGACAAAUCCCAAAUCGUCAAACUCCUCAACGAAGCGAAGGAGUUUCCAAAUAUGCAACUCAUUUGCCUCAGAAGGCUCAGAUCUAUUGCCUUCGAAAGCGAAAGGAACAAGAGGUGUUUAGAGGCAGCUGGUGGAGUUGUUGAAUUCUUGGCCUCAAUCAUACAGGAUGGCAGCAAUAUUGACAUUGCUAUUGAAAUCCUUUCCACUCUUAAAAUCUCGGAAACACAUCUCAAAAAUCUCGUAAACAAUGAUGGUGAUCAUCAAUUUGUGGAGUCCUUAGUGCAAGCUCUGAAGAUGGGAAAUUGCCAAUCUAGAGCUUCCACAACCGUGCUAUUGAAGUCAAUGUUCGAAGUUGCUGAUCCUAACCAAAUGAUGAGCAUCAAACGCGAAUUCUUCAGGCAGAUAGUUUGUGUUUUACAUGACAAGAUCUCUCCACAAGCCUCUAAGGCGGCAUUGAAGCUUCUUGUGGAGCUUUGUCCGUGGGGAAGAAACCGAAUCAAAGCAGUCGAAGGCGGCGCAACUGUAGUCUUGAUAGAGCUACUUAUUGAGGCAUCAGAAAGAAGAGUGUGUGAGCUUCUGCUUGUUGUUCUUGAUCAGCUUUGUGGCUGCGCCGAAGGGCGGGCAGAAUUGUUGAAGCACGCGGCGGGGCUGGUGGUUGUGUCUCAGAAAAUACUUAGGGUUUCUCAUAUGGCGACUGAUAGGGCGGUGAGAAUUCUGUCUUUAGUUUGUAGGUUCUCGGCUACUUCUAGAGUUCUUCAAGAAAUGUUGCAAUUGGGUGUUGUGUCCAAGUUGUGUAUGGUGCUUCAAGUUGAUAGUAGUUUGAAAAGCAAGGAGAGGGCUAGGGAGAUCCUCAAAUUGCACUCUAAGGUUUGGAAGAAUUCUUCUUGUAUUCCUUCUCAUUUGCUUUCAUCUUAUCCAUAAGCCAGACAUGCUUAACUCCACGUAUUUUUGUAAGUCAAAAGAAAAGGGAAUGAUUAGGGCGAUCUCAUAAUUUUUGGUAUGUAAAGAUACAUUGUUAGGUGCUCCGUUUUAUUGUUUCAUGCCUCAAACUUAAA